CUCUGAACAAACAAAAAGCCCAGCAAGUCUGUAAUAUGAGCAGCUAAUCUCAGCCGUCCGAUCAUUCAUCUACCAUCGUCAUAGAUCUUCGUCGUCUCUCUCAUUUUCCAAAAUCCCUUCUCUCUCUCACCGAGCCGGCGAGCCGUUCUCUCGGUGAUUCCAAAGAUGGUCAUGAUGAUGGACAGUGAUAUCAGCAAUCAAGCUUUACAAUAUCCGAAAUCGUUGAAUUAGCGAUUUUUAUCAAUCGAAUAAGCUUCUUCUUCUUCUUCUUCUUCUUCUUCUUCUUCUUCUCGGGUUUCUUCGUUUUUCUUCUCAUCUGUAAAUGGGCUGUUUUCAUUCCACGGCUUCGAGAGAAUUUCCGGGACACGAAAACCCUGUGAAGCUUGCCUCAGAGACAGCUUUUAGUGUCAGUGAAGUUGAAGCAUUGUUCGAGUUAUUCAAGAGCAUAAGCAGCUCGGUUGUUGAUGAUGGCUUGAUAAACAAGGAAGAGUUUCAACUUGCUUUGUUCAAGAACAGGAAGAAGGAAAAUUUGUUUGCCAAUAGGAUAUUUGAUUUGUUUGAUGUCAAACGAAAGGGCGUAAUUGAUUUUGGAGAUUUUGUGAGAUCACUCAAUGUUUUCCACCCUAAUGCUUCUCUAGAGGAGAAAACAGACUUCACGUUUAGGCUUUAUGACAUGGACUGCACGGGCUUCAUUGAGCGUCAAGAGGUGAAGCAAAUGUUGAUUGCCCUUCUCUGCGAAUCUGAAAUGAAACUAGCUGAUGAUACCAUAGAAGUGAUACUCGAUCAGACAUUUGAGGACGCAGAUGUGGAUCGGGAUGGAAAGAUUGGUAAGACAGAAUGGAGCGAUUUCGUAAUCAAAAACCCAUCUUUGCUUAAAAUCAUGACUCUUCCAUAUCUGAGGGACAUAACGACGACGUUUCCGAGUUUUGUCUUUAACUCGGAAGUGGAUGAGAUUGCCACGUGAAAAAACAAGUUGGUUUAUAGAGACCAGGUUGUGAGUUGGACCAAGAACAAGACCGAUUGUAACAGUGUUAUGUAAUGUAGUGUACUUACCCUUGGAAUUUUCCAGUUUCUGGGGCUCAGUUUCAAUGAAAUGGAUUCCUCUUGGUUAUUUUUCUUUAACAGUUUUUAAUAUUAAGUUGUAGUUCUGCGGAAAAAUAAAAACUAAUACAAAAUCUCACUUCU